AUGGCUGACAGUGAGGAGGAUAUGGCUGGCAGUGGGGAGGUUAUGGCUGGCAGUGAGGAGGAUAUGGCUGGCAGUGGAGAGGUUAUGGCUGCCAGUGGGGAGGUCAUGGCUGGCAGUGGGGAGGUUAUGGCUGGCAGUGGGGAGGAUAUGGCUGGCAGUGGGGAGGUUAUGGCUGGCAGUGGGGAGGAUAUGGCUGGCAGUGGGGAGGUUAUGGCUGGCAGUGGGGAGGAUAUGGCUGGCUACGAGGAGGAUAUGGCUGACUACGGGGAUGAUAUGGCUGGCAGUGGGGAGGAUAUGGCUGGCUACGGGGAGGUUAUGGCUGGCAGUGGGGAGGAUAUGGCUGGCAGUGGGGAGGAUAUGGCUGGCUACGGAAAGGAUAUGGCUGGCAGUGGGGAGGAUAUGGCUGGCAGUGGGGAGGAUAUGGCUGGCAGUGGAGAGGUUAUGGCUGGCAGUGGGGAGGUUAUGGCUGGCAGUGGGGAGGAUAUGGAUGGCAGUGGGGAGGAUAUGGAUGGCUACGGGGAUGAUAUGGCUGGCUACGGGGAUGAUAUGGCUGGCAGUGGGGAGGAUAUGGCUGGCAGUGGGGAGGAUAUGGCUGGCAGUGGGGAGGUUAUGGCUGGCAGUGGGGAGGAUAUGGCUGGCAGUGGGGAGGUUAUGGCUGGCAGUGGGGAGGAUAUGGCUGGCUACGAGGAGGAUAUGGCUGACUACGGGGAUGAUAUGGCUGGCAGUGGGGAGGAUAUGGCUGGCUACGGGGAGGUUAUGGCUGGCAGUGGGGAGGAUAUGGCUGGCAGUGGGGAGGAUAUGGCUGGCUACGGGGAGGAUAUGGCUGGCAGUGGGGAGGAUAUGGCUGGCUACGGGGAGGAUAUGGCUGGCAGUGGGGAGGAUAUGGCUGGCUACGGGGAGGAUAUGGCUGGCAGUGGGGAGGAUAUGGCUGGCAGUGGGGAGGAUAUGGCUGGCUACGGGGAGGAUAUGGCUGGCUAUUGGAAGGAUAUGGCUGGCUAUGGGGAAGGAUAUGGCUGGCUAUGGGGAAGGAUAUGGCUGGCUACGGGGAAGAAAUGGCUGGCUAUAGGAAGGAUAUAUCUGACUGAUUGCCCUAGAAGCCCAGAGCAUUAUGAAACACCGUGA